AUGGCAGAGUCGAAAGAUUCGCCGCUGGUCAGGCAGAAUCAUAGCAGCUUUAAGGGCCCCAACACCGUGACUGACAACAUUGUCAUUACUUCGGCAACGUCUCAAGAAGCCUGUGAAGCGACUUUGCUAACGACUUCUGCGGUGGCCUACAGCUAUAACAUCCUGACUCAGUCUUGUGAGCUCUUUACGAAGAUCACUGAAUCAAUUUCUGCGCCGAAUGUUCACAGCGGAGCAACAAUGCAGGAAUUUCCUAUGCAGUGCUACCUGGCCUGCAUAGCUUAUGAAGAUCCACGAUGGACUGGUGUCGUAAGGUUGCGAAACUUGUGGCGGGACCGGCGUUGGGACCUGGUCAAGUUCCGAUUCCGUGUCAAAGACGACUGGCUGCCGGCGAACGUUCGUCGCCGCUACAGCCUUCCUUUUCACAUCUUUGGGCCUUUAGGCAUGGAUAGCUCUCCAUCGGUCUCUUCAGCUGUGUCUGGGCCCCUGGACCCCUGGGUGCUUGGGUUCAUCAUCACCAUCGAAGAAUCUGCAAUGCCUGGGUUUUUCCUUUUCAUCCUGCGGCGUAGCCGGGGCGCCCAGGAGGCCAAUCUGGAUUUUUCUACAGCAGCCUUGGACUUCACUUCACUGGGCGGGGCUCCUGGAAAAAAACGGUGGUCAGCCAGUGACUGUGCAGCCUUGUUCUCCAAUGCCAUUUCUCAACGACCUGGUGAAAAGUCGCCACAUGUGGAUGGCGUCCAGGCCUACACAGCCCAGCUCUAUCGCCACGGGCCACUGAACCUGGUGACGAGCGAACCCAAGCUGCCGAUGCGAAAUCUGCUGGUCCUUCAGAUCUCAAACUCUCCGGUGAUUCAAGCUUGGAACUUCAUGAACCCUUAUCAGAGGAUUGAGGUAGGGCAUGCCAUCAUGGCAGUGAAUGGCAAAACGGAUCCUUACGAGAUGCUUCAGGAGCUCGCCACCGCACAGACAUUGAAUUUGUUCAUCAAGGACAAGAUGACCCGAGUGCAGCAACGCCAUUUCGAGGAAUCGUCCAUCGGAUCGGAUUGA